AAGCGAAGCUUCAAAGCAUCCUCCCCUGCGAGAAGAGAGGAGGACAAUGGGGUUCGUGCUGGUGGUCUCUUUGCACUUCAUUUUCCUCUCCAUCCUUCUCGGCUUCGGCUGCUUCUUCCUCGGCAAGCACAGGGGCCGGGAGGAGAUGCGAACCGGCGUCGGCGCGCAGGUCUACGGCACGCCGCUGCCGCCGCCCGGUGUCGUCGGAGUCCCAUCGCCGCCGACUGAGCCGAUUCACGCCAAGAAACCAGGGCCCGAAGCCGUCUGAUUGGGAUCCAUUCGUUUCUACCUACUACUGCCUAUGUUUUGGUGACGUUGGAUUUAUUCUUUCUUCUUUAUUUUCGUCCAGGCCGUGUCGAGGGGUGUAAGCUGAGAGUGAAUAUAUGUUUGUGUCUAAAAAUUGUUCAUUGUUACGACUUACGAGGGGAGGGGGUGAUGGUGUGUGUAUGUUGUGAUAUGAUUUGCAAUCACGGCAAGCAAAACCAGAUGUCUUGUGUCACUGUCCUGACUAGCUGGUGAGUGGUGGUGUGUGUAUGGAUAUCACAUAUUUUGUAAAGUGUUUUUAGAGAUUACAUUGAGCUUGUUU